GACAGCGGAAACGUGCGCGUCCCCAAAACAGAACCGCCCACUGUGUGCGCGGAUGUGCGCGGCCCCGGCACCCCCACCCUCCUCCUGUGUUUGUCACCGACAGCGCGGCAAAGAGACAGCGAGAGACUGCAGGAGAGAGAGAGAGAGACUGCGGGAGGAGAGGGCAGACACCCCGAGAGCGGCAGGAAGGCUGGGAGACUGUGUACACUAGAGGCAGCUGUCACCCGCAACACCCGGCACCAUGAACCCGAGCUGUGCCCGCUGCGGCAAGAUUGUCUACCCGACUGAGAAAGUCAACUGCCUGGACAAGUUCUGGCAUAAAGCAUGCUUCCACUGCGAGAUCUGCAAGAUGACCCUGAACAUGAAGAACUACAAGGGAUACGAUAAGAAGCCAUACUGUAGCGCGCAUUACCCCAAGCAGUCCUUCACUACGGUGGCUGACACUCCAGAAAACCUCCGCUUGAAGCAGCAGAGUGAGCUGCAGAGCCAGAUCCGUUACAAGGAAGACUUCGAAAAGAAUAAAGGCAAAGGCUUCAGUGUGGUGGCCGAUACUCCUGAGCUGCAGAGAAUUAAGAAGACACAGGACCAGAUCAGUAAUAUCAAAUAUCAUGAAGAGUUUGAGAAGAGCCGGAUGGGAAACCCCUCCAUGGAGGCUGGUGAUAUGGACCGCAGAGGUUCCGAUGAUGUUCCAAAUUUCCGCCGACCCCCCUCAGAGAUAAUGCAACCCCAUCUCCCCCCGGCCAGUAGCUCAGCUUAUCAACAUCAAAGGCAACCACAGCCGCAGCAGCAGCCGCCAAAAUACGGUUAUCAUGAACCAGCAGCCCCUGUCGCCACCCAGCACAGCGCUCCAGCAGGAGGGAAGCGAUUCCGAGCCGUGUAUGAUUACUCUGCAGCAGAUGAAGACGAGGUCUCCUUCCAGGAUGGCGACACUAUUAUCAAUGUGCAGCAGAUCGAUGACGGGUGGAUGUAUGGAACCGUGGAGCGCACAGGGGAGACGGGCAUGCUUCCUGCCAAUUACGUUGAAGCCAUCUGAUUGGAGAGAACUCGCCUCAUCUCUCUUCCUCACAAUCAUGAAGCAUUCCAGUGCAGCCCUGUCCCAGCUUUGGGAAGGGUGGUCUCCACCUCUCCCUGUCUCAGCAUUCUCUCUUAAACCCUCUUUGCUGCCCUCUGGCGCCAGAAGAGAAAAAAAAAGACCUCUUCAUCUUUUAGUCACUGGAGGGAGCACCCUGAGGAGAUGUCUCCCGCUUUACUUCCCCAUCUGUUACGUCUGAUUGUCUAUGCGCUUUGCACUGGUAUAAUUUUUUUUUUUAUUUUAAGGACUUUUUUUUCCCCCCCUUCCCCUAAUCUCAGUACACACAUUCCUGAAGAAAUCUUAUUUUCCUUCCUCCAAAUUUAUGAGGUGGGUUAAGGUAAUUCCCAAUUACUAAGGUUUUUUGUUUUUUUUUUUGUAUUUUUUUUUGUGACGACGGUUUACCAUCCCAGUUUUAUAUAUAUAUGAAAUUCCGAUGUAUAGUUUGGAAAUAAUGACAGGGCCGUGUCUGACCUGCUAACCGCACUUGACACGUCAUUACACGUAUCACAUUCUCGUGCAAAUUUCUUCUAUACGUACAGCAGGCUCGAGCGACAACAGAAACAUAACACAUCAUUGAUCUGUAGCUGAAAGAGCAGCACCUUUCCCGGUAGAGAGAGCGUACAGAGGGGGGGGCCUAAGAGGUAGCUGCGACUUACCUUGCCGGAUAUGUGCCAUUUCAUUUCAGGAAAUAUUAUAAACCCUAUAUAGAGUUUAGCUGAUUAGUAAACAGCUUGAAAGAUUUAAUUAUUUUAUUUUACCUUCUCUCUUUCCAUGUCUCAGUAUAUUUUAUAAAUAUAUAUGUAUAUUUCCCCCCCCCCCCCCCUUUUUUUUUGGGGGGUACAUCACCAUCGAGUUUAGGGCUUAGGUAAUAACAAUCAUUAAACAUUAAAGGGACAAGUAAAACCAUUAGAAAGUCUUUACACUUUCCAUUUUACUGUAGGCCCUUGUCUUCUCCAUGGCCCCAUGACAGUAUCUGGGAGGCUGUAGUGGAGCUUAUAAAGGUUUUCUAGUGGUUGAGAGCGGAGAGGAUUUCUCCCAUCUACCUUAUGUCCCCCUUUACAUACUUGCUUUAUAUAGACUGAGAAAUGCAGGUGCUGAUCAUGUAUAUCGACGAAUUAAAGGGAUAAGGAUUAUCCCAUUCUACAUUUUAGGCAUUUGCCUUAUGAAGAGCUUUGGCAGGUCUUCUGGUGCUGACAUUCAACCAAAUGCGUCUUGAGCCAAAUUUUCUUCAGCCCUUUAUCUGUCUUAUUUGCUUUGGCCUAAUCCCCUCCUGCGCAGACAGGUUGUGGUCUGUCGGGGGCACAUCUUCACUCAAGUCCUGGUUCUGCACAUGCUCUCCUCCUCAUUUGGAAAGGAGUAUAGAGAUUCCCACAUGCGGUGAUCUGUAAUAUUGGGGACCAAGCACAAGCUGUUUCAAUGUUCCUGAGAUCACGUUUAUUUAAAGCACAACUAGCAGAGCAAAUGUAACUGGAACUUAAUGUGAAUUCUGGGUAAUUCUGCAGAACUUCAAUAACACUUCAUACAUUCCUUUACCAUCAGGUGGGGUGCCAUAGGCUAAACAGAAUUCUAAUAGAGGCACCCAGCCUCUUUAGAAGUAUAAGCCUACGGGCAAAAAGUUGGGCAGGGAGGUGCCCCCCCCUCCUCCAAGUCUCAAAAAAUGGACCAAGAAAGACAUUCUUAACUCUUGCAGGGAAGGGGUUAAUAUCUAUUGUAUUCAUUCCUCUCUGGACCAAACUUAUUCCUUCCCUUCCAUUAUUCAGUGCACUUUCACCCUGACCCAGCGCAGAAUAGGGGGUGAACGGAUAAUAAGAUGCCCCUCCAAGUUGCCCUUCCUCCCGCCGCAGCCUUACUGUCUUGUGUACAUGUCAAUCAUCUUUAAGUCAUCAUUUUUAGUUUUUUUUUUUUAAUGGUUUAUUAUUACACCCCAGCUGGGAAGCCUUUGUAUUAAACUGCUUGGGCCUAUAAUCAUUUAGGGAAAAUUAAAAAGAAAUAAUAAAAAAAAAAA